UGCACAACAGCACCAGCAACCGUCGUUCUUCAUGGGUUGGGCAGUCGUUUCUCAGCCUCCCCGCUGGUAGCGGGGGAGCAAAAGUUGACGAAGUGUGCCACCUCUGGAAUAAAGGUCACUGCACUGCCGGUUUGUUCUGCCGAUAUGGUCGUCAACACCGGUGCGCCAACUGUGGCCAACGUGAACACCGCGAUUUCCAGUGCAAAUCAAAAGCAAGCAACAGUGCCCAGUAAUAUCAUCACACCGUUGAAAGCUGAAGCUUUUGCAAGCCACCUCAUCGAACACCCAGAUCAGGAGUAUGUCACAUAUGUACUGCACAUAUUACGACACGGAGCAGAUAUCGGCUAUCGUGGCCCCAAUCGAAGCUUGUCCACGCCUAAUGCUGCUUCUGCACGCAUGUAUUCGGACCACUUACAAUCGCAGAUUAAUACAGAGAUAUCCUUAUUGCAUUCAGUGGGUCCAUUUACCAGUCCGCCAUUCCCUGUCUUCAUCGUUAACUCGUUAGGUGUACGGCCAAAGCCGGACGGCAAAUUCCGUAUAUUAAUGGACAUGUCUCGGCCGGCAGGUGAAAGUGUCAAUGACUACAUCAGCAAGGACGACUAUUCUCUUGCGUUCUGCACUGUGGAUGAUGCGGUACGCAUGCUUAUAACGCUGGGAGUAGGCGCGUUCAUGGCAAAGUUCGAUCUUCAGCAUGCUUUUCGACUUGUCCCUGUCAGACCUGCUGACUGGCACUUAUUGGGUUAUAUGUGCAAUGGUUAUUACUAUUUCGAUAUUGUCCUUCCUUUCGGUUCUCGUUCUUUACCGUUUCUAUUCUGUCUAAUCUCAGAUGCAGUACACUGGAUUUUUGUGAAUGUCAGCGGCCAUCUCUUUAGGCUGCACUACCGCUUGGUGUCCCUCUGGCUACUAAAAAAACCGAAGGCCCGUCUACCACUUUAA